AACCUCCACCUGCAUCUCCACUGAGGAGCACCAGAAUAUUUUCACUUUCUCCACACUGAGGAUUGCGCACUUCAACCUGACGAUGGCCAGCAAAUAUGCCUUCGAUGGAUCGAUGCCACGAGCCACUGAGGAGCUGAGGAUUGUGAUGGUGGGGAAGACUGGAGCUGGGAAGAGCGCCUCAGGAAACACCAUUCUUGGCCGUGAGUUCUUUAAAUCAGAGAUGAGCGCCGAGUCUAUUACUGACGAGUGCUCCGAGGCCAAAGCGACGGUGGACGGACAAGACGUGGUGGUUAUCGACACCCCGGGUCUGUAUGACACCAGCAAAGACGAGAACACAAUAAAUAGAUACAUCAGCCAGUGCAUCUAUUUCGCUUGUCCAGGACCCCACAUCUUCCUGAUCGUCAUCACACUGGGCAGGUUCACGAAGGAAGAGAUGAACACGGUGGAGCAGAUUCAGAAGCUGUUUGGCAAGGCUGCAGACAGAUACAGCAUGGUCCUGUUCACUCGAGGCGAUGACCUCAAAGGCAAACCUAUCGAGAAGUUCAUCGGGAAUUCCCGUCAACUGCAGGAUCUCGUGGACAGAUGCCACGGCCAGUACCACGUCUUUAAUAAUGAGCUGAAGACUGACCCUCAGGUCACCGAACUGCUUCAGAAGAUCAGAAAUAUAGUGGAGAAGAACGGAGGAAGCCACUACACCAACGAGAUGUUUAAGAAAGCAGAAAAAGCAAUCGAAGAGGAGAAACAGCGCAUCCUGAAAGAGGAGGAGGAAAAAAAGCGCAAGGAAAGGGAGGAACUGAAGAGACAAAUGGAGGAAGAAUUUGAUGGAAAGCUGAAGGAUGUUGAGGAGAAGUUUAGGAAGAUGCAAGAAGAGGCAAAUGAUCGUCAGGAUAGGGAGAAGAUAGAGCAGCAGCAGAAAUGGGAGAUAGAAAAGCUGAAAAUGGAGAUGAAGCAUAGAGAAGAAUCAGCGAAUAAGGAGAGGGAACUCGACAGAGCGCGAUUGGAAGCAGCCGAAUUUUCAAACAGACAGAUUGAAAGAGCUCUCCAGGAUAUGCGUUAUAUGCACCAGCCUCGAGAUCCUUGCAGUCUUAUGUAAGGACGUAUUUUGUUAGUUUAAAAGCCACAGAUGUAGAUUUCAGGGCUUAUGUAGUGAACAAUAGUUAAAGCACAUGCAUUUGUCUCCUUGCCCCCGUUUUUUAAAUGUCAUGAUGUUCACUUUGUUUGUCCUUAAUUUUGUUUCUUUCUGAAUUGUAUGAUGCUUCUUCAUGCAAUUUAUUUAAAUGUAGUAAAUAAUAAACCAUAAUCAACAUUAACUCCACAGAAUCUAUUAUAUCAUUCUGCACAAACUAGUAUUGAUCCUGUUGAACAAACACAAAAGUGUGAUGUCUAUAAACUGGAUUUACUUGUUGUGGCUGAAUUUUAUUUUCGUCUGUCACCCAAUCAUGUUUAGUGUUAUGUUUUGUUCAUGCAGUUUAGUUCAAUGUAGUAAAAAUAACAUAAGUAACAUUAGCCUGUAACACUUAAUAAAUGACAAAAACAGA